AUGGCGCUCCCCGCGGCGGCGCCGACGAUGGUCGUCGUGCUUGUUGCGGUGCUGGCCGCGGUGUGCCUGGGGGAGUUCACGGUGGUGGUGCCGGACUCCUCGUCGUCGUCGUCGUCGGCGGCGGCGCUGGUGAACGCGCCGCAGACGGGGCUCUCGGACCGGGCGCGGACCGACCCGGCCGAGCAGCGCGCGGUGCAGGAGGUGAUGGCGGCGACGGGGAACGGGUGGGCGUCGGGCAUCGCCGACGUGUGCCGCGGCCGGUGGCACGGCAUCGAGUGCGUGCCCGACCGUGGGGAGGUGUACCACGUCGUGUCGCUCUCCUUCGGCGCGCUCUCCGACGACACGGCCUUCCCGGCGUGCGACGCGGCGCGGGCCACGCUGUCCCAGGCGGUGCUCGCGCUGCCGCACCUCCGGUCGCUCUUCUUCUACCGGUGCUUCACGGCCAACCCGCAGCCCGUCCCGGCGUUCCUCGGCCGCCUCGGCCCGGCGUUCCGGUCGCUGGUGCUCCGGGAGAACGGGCACGUCGGCGCGAUCCCGCCGGAGCUAGGCAACCUGACGGCGCUGCGGGUGCUCGACCUCCAUGGGAACCACCUCACUUCCGCCAUACCCGCCACCAUCCAGUCCCUUGAACACCUCCAGCUGCUCGACCUGAGUUACAACCAGCUCGCCGGCGAGGUGCCACACUUCAAGUUCCAGCACCUGAGCAUCCUGGACCUCAGCCACAACGCGUUACAGGGGCGCGUCCCGGCGACCUUAGGGCAAUGCCGAUCACUGCUAAAGAUGGACCUCAGCCAGAACCGCCUCGCCGGCACGAUCCCCGACGCGCUCGGCGACCUGCCUGACCUCAUCUUGCUCGACCUCAGCCAGAACUCGCUGUCAGGUCCGAUCCCGGCGGCGCUCGGCCGGCUGUCGUCGCUGCGGUCUCUCAUCCUCGGCGACAACCGGAUGCAGUUCUCGACUGUCCCUGACGGCUUCUUCGCCGGGCUCAAGGCGCUGACGACGCUGGUCCUCUCCGGAAUGGGGCUGGAAGGGUCAGUGCCGGAGUCGAUCGGGGAGCUGGACCACCUCCGGGUGCUGCGGCUGGACAACAACGAGUUCACCGGGGUGAUCCCGGCGAGCUUCCGGCGGCUGGAGCGAGCGAGCGAGCUCCGCGUGGACGGCAACCGCCUGGUGGGGCCGAUACCGUUCGGGAAGGAGAUGAUGUGGCGGCUGGGCAAGAAGCUCCGCGUCGGCGGCAACGAGGGGCUCUGCUACGACGCCAAGCAGCAGGGCCUGGAGGGCGUCGUGGCGCUGGCCGGCGUCUCCGACUGCGACAGCGUGAGGAGCCGCACGACGCAGCACCUGGCGAACACCGGAGGCUGGCCGGCGCCGGUGGCUAACGUGACCGCGUCGGCUGCUUCCGGCCGCACGGGAGCUUGCGUCUGGAGUUGGCACGUUUUCGUGGGCGUUCUCGUGUCUAUGCAGCUCGUGUGGUUGUAA